AUGGCAUCGCGUCACCACUCACAAACCGACAUAUCACAUUGGACAGAAUCCCAGAUCUCAAUCAUCCAUCAAUGUUCUACAGGUGCGGUCUUACCUCACUUCCACUGCACCUUCCCCCAUUGUAUAAAAUCCUUACCCUCUUCUUAUCCUUCUACCUUGCCUCUGUUGCUCCUCUUCUGCUCCUCCUCCUUCCUCUCCUCCUCGCAGACUGCCCCACUGACUCUGUGCAAGGCAGCUCAGGUGUUCCUUGUCAAGAUCUGUGGAAAGAUGAAUAGCUACAGCUACUGUAGGUACCAAGAGAAGAACAGCUUGACAAGCUGUGAGGAGAUGAGGAUGGAAACAGUGAUUUGCCCCAAACCUCGCCGAUUAGGUCUCAUAAACCACUCUUCCAUUAUCACACACAUCAGACCUUUGAGGCACCCCAUCAGCUGCCAAUCUGAGGUGGAAGAUUCAGGAGUUGGGGCAGAGCUUUUGGACAUCAUCCUCCCCAAGGAAAGCUGCUACCUGGGAAGAUCCGGAGGGCAGGUGGAAGCAUCAUCACCACCGUUUUUCUGUGGAUCUCCUCCAAGCAGGGCCUCAAACCCUGUAAUUCAAGAUGAGCAAUUUGGUAAUGGGAGUUUUAGUCCAUAUACCGAGGCAUCCUCUACUUCAGCUCGUGGCUGUGCCCCAAUGAAAUUUGGUCACUCUCCAGCUGCUGUGAGGAUAGAAGGUUUUGACUGUCUUAACAGAGAUCGGAGCAGCUGCAGCAUAUCUGCCGUGGCAUAA